AUGCGACCAAUUGUUCUUCUCCUUUUUCCAAUUUUUUCGUUAUCAAUUCCACUGGGAAAACAAACGGGAUAUGAUGAUGCAGAAGCCAGAAGACUUGUAAAAUUGGCGGCAGCUGCUUAUGGUGAUAAGCACGCUACUUGUAUCAAUAAAGCCUUCCCAAAUGGAGAAAAUUUUCACAUUGAAAAUAUGGAGCAAAAGAGUUGCGACCACUUGGAUAGUACCUUGGUUUCUGAGCACGCAAAACGGAUAAUUGUGGUUUUUCGAGGGACCAAAUCGAAAUCUCAAUUAUUUUUGGAGGGAUGGCAAUCUGUUCAUCAAGGAAUCGACUUUUUCGAUAUGGGAGAUGUGAAUCGAUAUUUCUUGAAUGCUCAUUUAGUAUUAUGGCCGGAAAUUGAGAAAGUGAUAACCAAUCCAAGAUGGGACUACGAAAUCACAUUCACCGGUCAUUCCCUAGGCGGCGCACUCGCUGCUCUCGCGGCCGCCCGUACCGCAAAACAAGGCUAUCGACCUGGAUCAAUGAUAAAAACCUACACAUUCGGUCAGCCACGUGUCGGCACCCGACUCUUCGCUCGAAACUUUGAUGCUCUCCUCCCAAACACUUAUCGCGUUGUCUUCCGAAGAGAUAUUGUCCCUCAUAUGCCGGCGUGUCAUAAGAAUCAAACAUUUAUUUCGGAGCAUGAAGGCGGAGCCAAGCCGUGUCAUGCUGAUCAUUUGGAUUAUUAUCAUCAUGGAACGGAGAUUUGGUAUCCAGAUGAAAUGAGCCCUGGGGCACAUUAUGUCGAGUGUUUGGGAGCACCGAAAAAUGAAGAUUUCGCAUGUUCGGAUAGAAUCAAGUUCUUCAUUGAUCAGUCGGAAAGUUAUACUUGGGAUCAUCGACAUUAUUUUGCUGUUAAGGUACCUCCCUAUGGAAAAACCGGAUGUGAUGAUACGAUGCCAGAAGGAAAACCAUCAGUUUUUGAGAAUGUUGUGAAACGAUUGAACGUUUUGACAAGGACUUUUGGCUUGGAUUGA